AUGGCUAUCCAAAAAAAGCACGGAAAAGGUCGUUUGGAUAAGUGGUAUCGCCUGGCAAAGGAGAAGGGCUACCGAUCUCGUGCUGCUUUCAAGCUGGUGCAAUUGAACAAGAAGUAUGGAUUCUUGGAGAAGAGUAAGGUCUUGAUCGAUCUUUGUGCUGCGCCUGGUGGUUGGUGUCAAGUUGCCGCAGAAUGCAUGCCUGCCCAGAGUAUUAUCGUCGGUGUCGAUCUUGCCCCCAUCAAAACGAUCCCGCGAGUCAUCAGCUUCCAGAGCGAUAUUACCACCGACAAGUGUCGCGCUACAAUUCGAUCCCACCUCAAAACAUGGAAGGCAGACACCGUUCUUCACGACGGUGCUCCCAAUGUCGGAACAGCUUGGGUUCAGGAUGCUUUCUCCCAGGCUGAGCUCGUACUGGAGUCAUUGAAACUGGCUACAGAUUUCUUGAUUGAAGGCGGAACGUUUGUCACCAAGGUUUUCCGAUCCAAAGACUACAACCCUCUUCUGUGGGUGUUCAAGCAACUAUUCACAUCGGUCGAGGCAACCAAGCCCCCAUCGUCUCGUAACGUCUCCGCCGAAAUUUUCGUCGUCUGCCGCGGAUACAAGGCCCCCAAGCGCAUCGAUCCGAAAUUCCUCGACCCUAAGCAUGUAUUUGCGGAACUCUCUGACCCGACCCCGAACAACGAGGCCAAGGUCUUCAAUCCCGAAGUGAAGAAGCGUAGACGUGAAGGUUAUGAGGAGGGCAACUACACCCAAUUCAAGGAGAUUCCAGUGACCGACUUCAUCAACACCACAGAUCCCAUCGCCAUCUUAGGUUCCUACAACAAACUCAGCUUUGAAGAGCCAGAGGGUGGAGAUGUCGCAAUGGCGACUGUGAACCGACUCGAGGAUACCACAGAUGAGAUCCGAAAAUGCUGUGAGGACUUGAAGGUUCUAGGGAAAAAGGAAUUCCGCAAUAUUCUUAAGUGGCGUCUGAAACUUCGCGAGAAGUUCGGACUUGUUGUCAAGAAGAAGGCGCAGGGAGAGGAAGAUGAGGGUGAAGAAGUUGCAGAGGUCGCUCCCAUGGACGAAGAAUUGGCGAUCCAGGAAGAGUUGCAACGCAUGCGAAAGAAGGAGUCUACGCGUGACAAGAAAGAACGGCGCAAGGAGAAUGAAAAGAAGCGAAAGGAGAUUGUCCGCCUUCAGAUGCACAUGACAACCCCCAUGGAGAUCGGUAUGGAACAACAAGGACCUGGAGGUACAGACACCACAUUUACUCUCCGCCGUGUGGACAAGGCCGGUGCAAGAGAUGCUGUCGUGCACGCCCGUGAUCUCCCCGCUGAAAGCGAGAGCGAGGAUGAGUCUUCUGAAGAGGAAGAGAGUGACGACGAUGGUGACAUCUUGGAGAGAGACCUUGAUGCGAUGUACGACCAAUACCAAGAGCGCAUGGAGGACAAGGAUUCGAAACUGCGUGCAAAGAAGGCGCGCAAAGCAUACGAGACCGAUGAAUGGGAUGGCUUCUCCGACGACAACAAGAGCGACGGCUCUGACAACGAAGAGGAAGAAUCCAUGACUGCCGUUCCUAGUGCCUCACGGGCAAGCAGUAUGUCAAAUAAUGCGGCUCUUUUCUUUGAUCAAGAUAUCUUCCAGGGUGUUGACGAGGAAGAGGAGGAUGAGGAGGAAGAUGAAGACGAAGCUAUGGAGGAUGCAGAGGAGGACAGCGAGACCGACGAAGAAAUCCCUGUUUCCAAGCAAAAGAACAAGAACAAGAAAGAACCAAAGAAGCAAUCUUCCGAGUGGGUUGACUCAGACGACGAGCCUGACCACUUUGAAGAGCCUCGGAAAGCCAACGGCCAGCUGGAUAUCGAUAUUAUUACUGCCGAAGCCAUGGCUUUGGCUCAAAUGAUGGCCACCGGCGAGAAGAGGUCCACUGACAUUGUUGACGAUGGUUUCAACCGUUUCUCGUUCCGCGAUGUGGACGGUCUCCCCGAAUGGUUCCUUGACGACGAGGGCAAGCACAGCAAGAUCCAACGGCCGAUCACCAAGGCCGCUGCCGCUGCUAUCAAGGAGAAGCUGCGUGCUAUCAAUGCUCGUCCAAUCAAGAAGGUGAUGGAGGCUAAGGGCCGCAAGAAGUUCAAGGCUGCACAAAGACUGGAGAAGUUGCGCAAGAAGUCCGCUCUUCUGGCCGAUGAUGAGGCUCUUAGUGAGCGUGACAAGGCGCAGUCUAUCUCCAAGCUGAUGAGCAAGGCUACCAAGAAGAAGCCGAAGCAGGAGGUCAAGCUUGUUGUGGCUCGUGGUGCCAACCGUGGUAUCUCUGGCCGUCCCAAGGGUGUCAAGGGAAGGUACAAGAUUGUGGAUUCGCGCAUGAAGAAGGAUAUUCGGGCACAAAAGAGACUGGCGAAAAAGAAGGCGUAA